AUGGCCGCGCCUCCUCCCAAAAGGCAGCGCAAAUUGGUUGUUUUGUCGUCGUCGGAUAAUGAGGAUGAGACGCUGUCGUUUGGCGGCGACGACAGAAGUCCAGAGGGGAAAGUGGCCAGACCACCUACAUCGUCUCGUCGCCAGGAACAACGACCGAUCAACUCUCCCACCAAGACACGCGCCACCCGCCCUCGCAAACCCGCAUCGAAUACCAACAGCAAAAAGAGAAAGGAAACCGCGACAGAUGCCAAUCAAACCUCGCCUCGCUCGCUGCACAAAUUCUUCCAGCCGGCGACCGAGGAGCAGCGCUGGGCAGCACUCAAACCACCGGCAGCAGCAACAGCAAUCCCGCGACAAGAAGAGCAUCCCGAUGAAAUCGAGGACGAUUUGAUUGAAGAUGACGAGUAUGGCUCGUUUGACGACGACAUUUUUGAGCACUUGACUGGCAAGGACACGGCGGCAAAGCUGCCCAGCCGACCAAGGCAGCAACAGCAACAACCACAAAAGAGUAGCGAUUCGAGGAAGCGCGCACAACCUUCAAAACCUCAACGUUCGAAACGCUUUAUUCUGGAUGACUUCCCUGUUUCUGCCGGCACAGAAACGAGGCCAGAGGCGACUGAUAGGCGGCCGUGGCCAGAACGAUAUGCGCCGUCGAAUAUCGAGGAGCUGGCGGUUCAUAAGAAAAAGGUAGCAGAUGUACGCAGCUGGCUUACGGCGGCUUUCUCGGGCAGAACCAAACAUAAAAUCCUUGUUCUACAUGGCCCGGCAGGAAGUGGAAAGACCACGACCAUCUCGCUAUUGUCUCGUGCUCUAGGCUUUUCCAUUGUCGAGUGGAAGAGCCCAGUGGGCACAGAGAGCGCUGAUGGGAAAUACAACUCUCUAAAUGCCCAGUUUGACGAGUUUUUGAAUCGAAGUGAUGGGUUUGGCAGUCUUGAUUUGACCGACUCUCCCAGCACCAGCACCACCACCACGCAUGAACCCCAAGGUUCCGCGUCACAGCGAAUAAUUUUAAUAGAAGAGUUUCCCAACAGUCUCUCGUGGGGGUCUUCUUCACUUUCUGCCUUUCGGACUUCACUACGUCGGUAUUUGGCGUCUGACUCGCCGCUUUCACACGGACCUAGAACGACUCCCCCAGUUGUCAUUGUCAUCUCGGAAACCAGGCUGGCCACGAGCGCUUCAAUGUCCGACAAUCUCACUAUGCAUAGGCUGCUCGGCCCGGAAAUCUACACCAAUCCUGGCGCGAGCACGAUUGAGUUUAACCCUAUAGCACCUACUUUUAUGCGCAAAGCACUUGAUCUCAUUCUGAAAAAGGAAGCUCGGGACUCCAUGCGGCAGAGAAUUCCCGGUCCAGGUGUUUUGAAGAAGUUUUCGGAAUUGGGCGAUGUCCGCAGUGCCAUCUCCUCGCUACAGUUUUUCUGUCUACGAGGAGAUAAAGACGGUGACUGGGGUGGUCGUGUUGCUGCCAAGGCGAAAAGUGCAAGUCGAGGUGACACUUCGCUAACCCUUAUGGAGAAGGAUUCACUGGAGAUAAUCACGCAACGGGAAAGUAGCCUGGGCUUGUUCCAUGCAGUCGGCAAAGUGGUUUACAACAAAAGAGAAGAUAUGGAAACUCCGGAACAACAGCGAGAUUACGUAGCGCCUCCGCCUCACUUGCAGCAUUUGGAACGGCCGAAGAUAUCUCUUGUCUCGAUUGAAGACCUGAUCAACGAAACGGGGACUGAUAUACAAACUUUUACUGCAGCUUUGCAUGAGAAUUACCCGCCGUCUUGCGAUGGGCCAUCCUUUACGGACACGCUCAAUGCUUGCAUAGAGCAUUUGUCAGAUAGCGACCUGCUGGGCUCAGAAGGCCGAUCUUCUUUAUCUAGUAGCAGGAUGGGCAUUGGAAUGGCGCGCAGCCAGUUCCAGGGAUACGGCACAAGCGUCGAUCGGCUACGACAGGACGAGGUCAGCUUUCAUGUCGCCGUGAGGGGGUUGCUCUUCUCUCUUCCUUGUCCGGUUCGAAGAAAACUCGAAGGAGGUUCUACAGGAAAGCGCUCAGGUGAUACAUAUAAAAUGCACUUUCCGACAUCACAGCGACUGUGGAAGGAUAUAGAGGAAAUGGACGGCCUCGUCGGAGUAUGGGAGCGUCAGUUACUGGAUCCGACGACCAUCCACAGCACGGCGUCUCGAUCAGAGGGCGUCGAGUCAUGGAAACACAACCAGAUGAAUGCCAGUGCAAACGACAGGAAUGCUGGACCGGACACCCCGCCAAAAUCCAUGAUGUCUCGCCAAGAUAUCCUGCUUCACCAACUCCCUUACUUGACAAAAAUCCUGGGCAACACCUCCACACAACCGCGCGGCUUGGACAGAAUCACGCAGUUUAAAGGCAUAACAGCCCCAACCGAUGACAUCCCCGAUGACAUGCUGAAUAAUGACGCUGAACCGAGUUCGGUCAACGAGUGGUCCACAGACCCCGUCUUGCCUGCGAGAAGAAGCGGCCGUCCGGGCUUUCAAGCUUCGAAGAAGGAGGAAGUGCAUGUAAACGUGCAGGCAGCCGUUGAGAAUCUGCUUUUAAGUGAUGAUGAGAUUGAGGAUUGA